CGCUGCCCCGGAGACGCGUGCCCUGGUUGCCACGGAGACCGGCUAUUUCCUGGACUGCUUUGGGAGUCCGUCCAGAGCAGCGGUCGGAGAAAGGGGGCGGCGUUCUUUGAGGCGCUGAGGUCUGAAUUUGAUUAGGACUUUGAAAACCUCAAAUGGCCAAGCUACUGCAACCUCCACCCAAGUUCCUGCCAGCAGAGUGGUAUGUUGCUAACAAGAACCAGUACCACAGGGCAGAGGCCCAAAGAUCACGAUCUGAACGCUUAGUGGCAGAAAGCCAGAGGCUUGUGGAUGAAAUUGAUAAGACCACAAAGAAAUCUCAAAGCGAUGUGAACAAGAAACUCGAACAGAGACUUGAGGAAGUCAAGUUCUGGAAGAAGGAGUUAGAUGACAAACUCCAACAGCUUGUGUAUGAAACGGAUGAUUUGCUCACACACAAGAUUCGUGUGGAAAAAGCCUUGGAGAGCUUUAAAGAGCCCCUGCACAUCACCGAGAGAUGCCUGGCCUACAGGGAGAAGCGUGUGGGCAUCGACCUGGUGCACGACGAGGUGGAGCAGGAGCUGCAGAAGGAGGCUGAGAUCAUCCAAGGCGUCAUAGCCCUGCUGAAGCGCACCCUGGAGGAGGCAGUUGAGCAGAUCAGGCUGAACCGCUCUGCCAAGUACAACCUGGAAAAGGAUUUGAAGGACAAGUUUGUGGCCUUGACCAUUGAUGAUAUAUGCUUUUCGCUCAACAAUAACUCACCAAACAUCAAAUAUUCUGAAAACGCCGUGAGGAUUGAAUCCAACUCCGUGAGUCUGGAAGACUGGCUGGACUUCUCCAAUGCCAACGUGGAGAAGGCCGACAAGCAGCGGAACAACUCGUUGGCACUGAAGACCCUGGUGGACCGCAUCCUGUCCCAGACAGCCAACGACCUGCGCAGGCAGUGUGACGUGGUGGACACGGCGUUCAAGAAUGGGCUGAAGGAGACCAAGGGUGCCAGGGACAAGCUGGCUGAUCAUCUGGCCAAGGUCAUGGAACAGAUUGCUUCCCAGGAGAAAAACAUCACUGUUCUCGAGAAAGCCAUCCUUGACCAAGAAGGGCCUGCCAAGGUGGCUCACACGCGCCUCGAGACUAGGACUCACCGGCCUAAUGUGGAGCUAUGUCGUGAUGUAGCUCAGUAUCGGCUAAUCAAAGAGGUGGAGGAGAUCAACCACAACAUUGCCAGGUUAAAGGAAACCUUAGCCCAGGCUCAGAUGGAACUGAAGGGGCUGUAUUGCAGGCAGCUCGCCCUGCAGGAGGAGAUCCAGGUGAAGGAGAACACCAUCUAUAUUGAUGAGGUGCUGUGCAUGCAGAUGAGGAAGUCCAUCCCUCCUCGUGAUGGCGAGGACCAGGGCUGCUGGGCUGGGGGCCUCCGUCCUGAUGCCAUCUGCUACCAGUAGAAGCCAUUCAGACUCUCAUUAAAUCUUGUCACACAACACAGUAGCACUGAACUCUCAUUGCAGGUGGCCAAAACAUUGGCCAGCCACCUGCCACAGCCUCUGAGAUCACAGGCAUGCUGGGGAAACAAGACUCUCUUCUGCUGCCGGUGUGGUGAGGCAUUUUCAGAGUUGCCUCUUGAAUGUCACAGGACUUGGGACCAGUGGAGAAGAAUUCAAGACACUUGGGAUCUAUUCCGGUUGAAUAUUUGGGCUGGAUUCUCUACCCAGGCAUGCCCUUCUUGCUCAUGAGAUGGGGCAUGUUACAGUCAACUUCACAUUGCUGGCAGAAAACACCGCUCAAGAACAGCUUGUGGGAGGAAAGGGUUUAUUUUGGCUUGCAGAAUCAAGGGGAAAAUGAUGG